AUGGGGAUCAAAGGGAUAUAUCGAGAGCUAGGCCCUGGCAAGAGGAUCUCCCUGUCCAAGCUUGCAUCUGACAGCUUCGUGGAGCACAAUCGGCCCUAUCGCCUUGCUAUUGACAUUGCUAUCUGGCAGUUCCAAAACCAAGCUGCUCGCGGCGGCACCAACCCCGCGAUCCGAACCCUCUUCUACCGACUUGUUCGUCUUUUGGGCACGCCAAUCCAGCCAAUUUUCGUCUUCGACGGCCCUAAUAAACCAAAGUUCAAACUUCACGAUGCACCAGGCGAGGCCGAGGCUGAAUGUGCCUUUCUACAAAAGAACGGCAUUGUCGAUGCUGUACUGAGUGAAGAUGUGGACACAAUCAUGUUUGGAUGCACACGAACGCUUCGGAACUGGUCGGCCGAGGGCAAGAACGGAAAGCCAACACACGUCUCCAUGUACGACGUCAACGAUCUGAACAUGGCCAACCUUGGUCUCGAUCGAGAGGGAAUGGUUUUGGUGGCCCUUAUGAGUGGCGGCGACUAUAUCCCGGAGGGAGUGCCUGGCUGUGGACCAAAAGUUGCAUAUACAGAAGGUCUACGCCAGUGGAAAAAGUCAUUGACGCACGAGCUUCGAACUAAUGCAAGCAAAUAUUUCCGCACUCGUCACAAGGCCCUAGACAUUCCGGAGGACUUCCCAAACGUAGAGGUGCUUCGUUAUUACACCCAUCCAGUGGUAUCUCCAGAGUCCACGCUGGAAGUGGUCAGGCAAAGGCUAAAAGAAACCAGGGAAAUCCAGUUGGAUGGCCUAAGGGAAUUUACUAGGGAGACAUUUAACUGGGAUUUCCGCAUCGGCGCAAUCAAAUUCAUCCGUGUGCUCAGCGAGGGCUUGUUUGUGAACCGCAUGUAUCAGGACGGCGUUAACGGAGACGCUUUUGUUAAGAAAAUAUCAGCCCGUCGGAACCAUUUCAGCACAGACAGCACGUCCGAACUACGGCUCGCUUAUAUCCCCGAAGAAAUCGUGCCCAUCGAUAUAUCAAAUGAAGUGGAGGAGGAAAUUACAUAUGCUCGGAGCGGCCUAGCUCUCAAUAGCGAUGAAGAGUUUGGAACAGCUCCAGACAACCUUGAGGACGCCCAGGGCGGUGUCGGGAAGACGUUUGAUAUUACAAAACCAGAACUCACUUGGGUUCUAGAAGAGGUGGCCAGAAGGUUUGCACCAAGAUCUGUCCAAGCUUGGGAGGAGGGCAAAAAACAAAAGUCAACGAAGAAGAAGGCAACAACAUCAAAGACGAAAAAGGAUGCCACGAUGCCUCAUGGGGCUAUUGACAGCUUUGUUCGCAUCACCAAGGCAGUGGAAACUCAGGGGAAAGCUACCAACAGCGUUGCCUCCGACUCGAACAAGGAUGACAGUGAGGUUAAUGAGUUUAGCGAACCAGAUCUCCCUCCUCUUCCUCAACCGAGCCAACUACGCCGACCACAAACACCGCCAUCACUACGGCGGUCCAGUAAGCAACCCAUGCCCAACGCACCUCCUAGCUUGGACCGUUGGACAGUAACCAGCUCACCAGACCCAACUAGGCGUCAUGACGAUGCAGGAGUUUUCGAGGCUAUCGUCAUUUCGUCCAGCCCUACCGGCAGCGCAUCGCCACCUUCACGAUCUUUGCCGUCGUCGCCCAUUACAACAACCACCUCUGCAAGUCGUAAUGGCGAGAUGCCAAAGUCAAUACGGUCGAUUCUUGCGGCGGGUGCUUCAUCGCGGCAAAAGACAUCAUCUCAUCACAAGACAUCUCAAGGAGCAAUAGAGCUAAGACAGAUGUCGAUGGACAUGUCUACAGAAAAACUGCCUCAGUCAGAGACAAGUCGCCCUGGUUCAUCCAAAAGCAGCAAGGGUAGCAUAUACAACCUAAACUCCAGCCGAGAGGAUAUUACUACGAAAACAAUGACAAAGGAAGUCGAGAUUAUACUAUCCAGCAGUCCCGAAGUACCACGUACAUCUCGUCCCACUACGAGCAAACAAAGGACUCGCAUUCCUCCGCCACAGCGCAAUAACAGUCCCGGUCCCGCUCCAGGCAAAAAAAUAUACGUCCCCAACGGGGCUGGCUUCUUCAAGGAGAUUGAAGUUAAUGAGGACGAAUAUGAAGAGAGAAUCUCGCGAGAAGUGCAGUCGCUUCAGGACCGUGGCAUUAGAGCUGGCGUUACUAGAUGGAGUGAUGUGUCGUUUAUCGAUCUGACGGAUGCUCCGAACAGUUGA